UGUUUUGUAAACACCGGUCGUGCUGGUUGAUAACGAACGAAACGAAGCGUUACCAAGCGUUGUGCGUUGCCAAGUCAUUGUAUCGAAUGGUGUUUUUUUUUCAAUUUGGCUUGUUAUUAUCUCUGCUCCGCAGUUAACGAAAUUCAGUGAAUAAGAAACAUAUAAAAAAUAAUAAUAACGUGCGCGUGAUAUAGCGACAGCAACAAAUGGAGUAGUGCAUUUUGUUAGUAUUGCCUGCUACCUACUGCCAUCAUUUAAACUGCAGCAGCAAACGGCAGACCGUGGAUAUUCGUGAAUAAAUUACUUACCGUUGUUGCCGUAGUACUACGACGGCAGUGGUACACACCUACGAGCGUACGAACAUACCACGCUUGUAUGUUACUACACACAGAUGUAAAUAUAACACACAUGUUGUUAUGGUGUUGUGGUUUGAAUUAAAAAUCAGCAACUGAAGCGGCAUUUACUGUCUGAGUGCUCCAAAAAAAAAAUAAAAAUAUCGAAAAUAAAAGAAACAAAACGAAUUGAAUCAAAACAAAAAAGAAGAAAGAAAAAAUAAUAAAAAAAAAAAUACAAAGAAAUUAAGUAUUGAAAAAAGUUGUUGAGUUCUAACAAAGAAGAAAUACAAAGUGAAAUAAAUACAUCAUCCUCGACUUAAGUAUUCAAUUUCAAAAAGAAGUUCUUUUUUCGAAAAAGCGAAAUAUUUUGAGUGAAACAGCGAUUAAAGAAUAGAGAGAAAAAAACGUAAGCAGAGCACAUAAAAUACAAAUGAAUUAAAUUGAGUGGAUUAAUUUUAAUUGUGAUUUUUAAAAAGGUGGGCACACAGACACACAAAAAUCUGUAUUUCAAUUAUUGAUUUCAACAAUUUGAACAAAUAAACAACUACAUUACACAUAUAUACAGAGAUAUAUUUUGAUAACUUGCAGAUGUCACCACAUUGGUUUUUAUUACAUUGAGAAUAUUUUACAUGCCAGAAGAGCAGUGUUAAUGUAAUUGUUGCCGAACGUGUUAAAUACAAUGAUAUUAUGCUAAUUACCAGCUGUAAAUCUACAGGCAAAUGCUGACAUUUAAAGGAGUGUCAACAACAACGCCAUCAACUCCCACCACACUGCACAGCAAAAACAACGACAACAACAAGAACACAAUCUCGCACCACAAUUCGCAACAUAAAAAAAAGGAAAACAGCUUCAACAGCAACGACGAGGACAUUAAUUAAUAAGAAAUAAAGGACACACGCAGUCCCAAAACCACCCAACAACGGCACUAAAGACUACAUCAAAAUUAUCAUCAUCUACGUCCUCAUCAUCAUUGUCGUCGUCAUCAUCAACGUCAGCAACAUCAUAACGGGCUCGGUGUACUGCUAGUCAUUGUCCUAGCGGCUGACGGCGACAUUGGCUUGUCGUCCUUAAUAGAUGGUUGGUUGGUUGUGCUUUACAAGCAUUAAACAUUCCACAGGAAUUAACAAGUUGGGCGGCAGCACCACCGAGGUAUACCCAAUAUUUGAACUUGGGUUCUGCUGCCACCCAUUAAAUUGGCUUAAAUAAAAGCUACUUUUCUGCCACGAGGGACCACCGAGCCGAAUAAGCAGAGGAAAGUUGGGCGAGAACUAAUAAAAAAUUGAAGAUAUUUAAUGAGACUCUCAGUGCGUUUCAAUUAAACAACUUUAUUGCGAACGUCGCCUCAGCACUUGAAAUACAAUAAGAAAUCCCAUUACCAUCACCACCCUGGUAAUUAUCAUCAUCACCAUCACCACCACGACGACCAUCGUCAAAUAACACAUUAUGGCCACAUCCACACACAGAAUGAAGCCUACCAUCAAAAUGACAUGGUACCGCCUGCAUUAUUGGCUAACACAGAUUCUCUUCCUAACGAGCGUUGUGCUGACGAACCUGCCCGCCACCGUUGCCAACUCUGACUGGAUCCAGAGUUGUAGCAACUGCCAUUGUCACUGGAAUUCGGGCAAGAAGACAGCAGAUUGCAAAAACCGACAGCUCUACACAAUACCCAAUGAUCUGAGUAACGAAUUGCAAGUCAUUGAUCUCUCCAAUAACAAGAUUCCCGAACUGAGAAGGGACGAAUUCAGCGAUGCAAAUCUUCAGAAUCUGCACAAAAUCUUCCUGAAGUACUGCACCAUACAAGAGCUAAACCGAGAUGCCCUCAAAGGUCUGACAAUAUUAAUUGAACUGGAUUUGUCGCAUAACUCCAUCAAGGAGCUGCAUGUGGGCACCUUCAAUGGCCUGGUUAAGUUGCGCAACUUGGUCAUGAACAACAAUCAAAUCGAAGCCUUGGACAAUCAUCUGUUUGUGGACCUGCCCUUCCUUUCGCGCGUGGAAUUUAAAAACAACAAACUUAAGCGCAUAGACAUUCAUGCCUUUGGACAAUUGCCAGUUUUAUCGGCCGUCUAUUUGGAGAACAACGAACUGACCGUUUUGAGAAGGGAAACAUUUCAACGGACUCCAAAAUUGGUGCACCUUUCCUUGGCCUCAAAUCCAUGGAAUUGUACAUGUGAGUUGCAGGAGUUCCGAGAUUUCGCCUUGGCCAAUCGACUGUAUACUCCUCCCACGGAUUGCAAUGAACCGCAACAUUUGAAGGGGAAACUCUGGAAUGAAAUUCCUUCGGAAAACUUUGCCUGCAAACCACGGAUAUUGGGCUCUGAAAGCUCAUACGUCGAUGUCCAUUCGGAUAACAUAACAUUACCAUGCCGCAUUGAGGGUUCACCCAGACCAAAUGUGACAUGGCUCUACAACAAGAGACCCAUCAAUCCCAACGAUGCCCGUUUUAAAAUUCUCAACUCCGUUGAACAACAUCGUGCCGAAAGUCCGAACACUUUGAAUUCAGAGUUGCGCAUCAUUGGUGUCCGACCCACCGACAAAGGCUCCUACACCUGCAUUGCAGACAAUCGGGGCGGCAAAGCAGAAGCUGAAUUCCAGCUAAUUAUAAACGGUGACUACUACAGUCCCCUCAAUGGUUCGGGCAAGAAUCGAGUCCACGGCCUCAGCACGUCCACCUCUGAAACGGAGCCCAAUAUUUUACUCAUCAUUGGAUUGAUUGCCACCACACUCUUGCUGCUGCUUGUCGUCAUAAUUCUCGUCAUAUGCUGGUAUUGUCGUCGCUCCAAAACCUAUCAAAAGGAUACAACGAUGAUGAGCGAGAAUGGCUUAAUCUCCUCGAAAAUGGAUAAAACACACAAUUCAAUGCUCGAAGGCUCGGUCAUCAUGGAAAUGCAAAAAAGCCUACUGACAGAAGUUAAUCCCGUCGAAAAACCGCCACGGCGCACAGAGCUGGAGAAUAUGGACGGGGUGGGCAAUGGCAAUGGCGGCGAUGAUGGUCACGAGAUUAAGAAGACUCUGUUGGAUGAAACGCAAUUUGGAAAUCUUCAUCAUCGUGAUGAUGAAACUCAUUCGGUGACCACAUCGGACAAUACAGUGCCUCGUACACGCCACACCUACAUGGACGACACAUAUGUUACGACGCUGCCACCAGACUUGUUGGCUUUCCCAGCACGUGUCCCACCCACAUCGCCCUCCAUGCAAUCGUCACAGUCGAAUAUACCCGAACAGGUUAUCUACGGCAUACGUUCACCGCCAAUGACCAGUCCCGUCUAUGCCCACAUGACACCCCAUGGCAUUUAUGGUACCACGACCAUAGCGGCAGCCACACCAAACGGUUUCAUGACCCUGCAACAUCCCAAAUCGCGCAAUUUAGCACUUAUUGCAGCUGCUAAUAGCAGGCAACAACAGUCACCGUUUGUCCCGGCACCCGUUGUUUACUCACCGGCGACCACUUCAGCGGUUGUUAUGAAACAGGGCUACAUGACAAUACCACGCAAACCACGAGUUCCAAGUUGGGCGCCAUCGUCAUCGGCUACCAAUUCGACACAAUUGAGUGAAUUUCAAUCGCCCACCUCACCGAAUCCCAGCGAAACUGGAACAGCGACAACGGCCGAAAUGAUAGUCGAACCUGUCUAUGACAAUUUGGGACUACGAACAACCGCUGGCGGUAGCUCAACUCUUAAUUUGAACAAGAGUCUAAUGCAGCAACAGGAACAGCCAGUGCGCUAUACAAUGCGGGAUCGACCAUUGCCGGCAACACCCAGUCUCACAUCGGUGAACUCCAAUCAAGCACAGCAACAGCAGGCGAUUUACCAACAGCAACAACAGCAGCAACAACAACAACAACAACAGCAGCUGCAACAACAACAAACACCACAAAACAACAUGUCCAGCAAUAAUACAAGUAAAAUCUACGAACCCCUUCACGAAUUAGUUAAUCAACUACAUCAGCCAACAGCAACAACAACAACCUCGGACACGGAACCAUUAUAUGGCACAGCAAGACAUCAUUCCGCCAUAAUGCCCAACAACAGCAGCAGCAAUAGCAGCGCCAACACAACAACGACCACCACCACGAUCUCAAACAGCGGCAACAGCUCAGAACCGAAAUUAACCAAAAUACCACCCAGACCGCCACCAAAGCCGAAGAAGAAAAUGUCCGUGACAGCAUCACGCAAUGGCCAUGGUAGCACAAGUCAGCUAUUCGACGACGAGGGAGAGGACGGCACCGAGGUCUAGUGGAAUCUGGCCAAAUCCUCCACCCACCUGGUGUCGAUGGUGACAUUGACACGAAGGCCCUACCAAUUUCUCCUGUCCUCGUUUAUAUUUGCUGUUUUAGCUUUUAAAACGUAAUGCCUUCCACCAUGUCCUCGUGAAUGAAACACAACAACAGCAGCAACAACAACAAAACCAACAUCUAUGCAUACAAAUAGAAAGAAAUAAAACAAUAAUAACAGCAACAACACAAUAGUGACAUUAAAAGCAUACAAAAUGAACACUGUUUUGGACUCCACUGCUUCCUCUUAGCCGCUCUGCUGCUUAUAGCCAUCAUUUGAAUAUUCGCAAGUUUUUUUCGUUGGUCCUUGUUUUGGUUUCCUAUUCUCUUGCAUAUUAUUAGGUGUUGUGGAAAUAUUAGCGGUAUUCACGCAUUACAAACGAUAUUUGCGUUUGAAUUUUUUGUCAUUAACUGAACAAGACUCACACCCAUAAGUUGCUAAGAAUCAGAGUUUAUGUUCGCAAAUUUUUUGUUUUUAAAAGAUUUGUGAUUUGUGCUCGUUAACAUGGAAGUUUUGUUUUAUCCUCGUGGUGGCAUAAGGUUUCACAAUACUAGAUCUGUGAAAAUGCAAAUUGAAAACUUUUUACAUCAUAGAAUUUCUGUGAUUUGAAGAAUUUUUAAUUGGGUUCGUGAAAUGUCAAAGCGUCAGAAAGUCAGUGCAAUACGUUAUAGGCUAAAUAUUGUCAGAUGUUAAUGAAUUAUGAUUUUAAUUUGCAUGAAAUUUGAAUUGUUUUAAAUUUUUUAUUGUAUUUUAUUUUGAAUCAAAUGCCUGAUAUAGAACAGUGUUAGUAUUUUUAACAUCAAAAUACCAAAAAUUUUAUCAUGAGGUAUUUUGUCAUCUUUUUCAACAUUUGGAAAAUGAAAACCGUUUUUUCAGUUUUUUGCCUUUUAUUUUAAAUAUUUAUUAUUUUAUUUGAAUUUUAAAUUAGUUUUUUAUUUAUUUUACAAAAGAAUACUUUUUUCCAUUAUCCAUUUUUAACCAAAAACAUUUUAUUUUCCAUGAGAUAAUAACUUUUAAAGGACUCAAGAAUUUUAAAUUUAUUUUUAUGCAAAUAAUUUUAGUGAAAUUUUAAAUAUUUUAAUUUUUUUUUUUUUUUGGAAAUAAAGAUUAUUUCGAAAGCCUCCACUGGUAGAACAAAGAACAACGCCAUGUUUACGACACUACAAUUUUAAUACAUUUUAAAAUUCUAACAACAUUGAACUGUUUUAAAUUCGUAUCUGUAUCUAUUUUUUUUUUUAUUUUAUAGUUAUUUGGUCAGUGCUUAAAUCAAAAACAGUUUUCACCAUUCAUCCUAGAAGUAUGCAACAGUAUCAAACAAAUUUAGGAUAUAACAGUUUUAAAUGUGUUAUAAAUCACUUAUUUCCUAUAACAGUGGUUGGCAACUCAAUUGUUUUCCUAUAAACCGCUUCAAACUGAUUUUCUUUUAAAAAGGUGGAAAUUUUUACCGUAUAGUCUCUUUGCACUACUGCAUUGUUAAAAACAAAUGCAACAAAAGCUAAAUUCUUUUUUCAAAAACAUAUUCCUUGACAAUAUCACAUAUUGUUUUUGUUCAUAUCGUGAAACCGGUUUCAUUUCCAUAUUUUCAUACUGACCCCAAUUUAUGCAUUUACAUAUUCAAAGUUACAAUAACAAUUUUAUAUGUGCGCAGAGUAAUUAAAAAGUAUUUCUUGAGAGUACUUGAGUAAAUUGAAGAAUAUUUUUGAAACAUAAAAUAAAUUUUCGAAAAUUAAAAUUAGAUUUAGAGCGGUAUGAGAGGUCAUGGAAAGAGACAUCCUAAGAACUCUUUUCUCAAAGUUUGCUCCCAUUUGGGAAAAUGUUUCAAGGGCUAUACUGUUAAAGUGAACACUUUAUUGACAAAAUAUUUAAGCUUGUUUAUAGCAGUAUGCAAAAAUCGCUGAUGCAAUUUCGUUAUCAUGAUUAAAGUUCUCCAUGAUAAUUGUACUGAUAUAGAUUUUUCACAUAUUUUUUUUUUUAAUAUGAAUUUUAAAUGAUGGCUUAAGAGCAAACCUUUAUACCUCUUUAAUUUUGUUUCUAUUUUUUCAACCAAAGUAUGCAAUUUACAUUUUCGUAAGGUUAUAUUUCUAAAGUGGAAGUUUGCGCUUUUUCUAAAAUUGCUCUGUUGACGAUUGAGUCCCUUCCAUCCUACACAUAUUCCAACGGAAAGUUUUUUAAAAAAUUAUUACUUCAAAAUUUAUGACAACCAAAAUUUUAAUUUUUUCCGCUUUGUUGCGAUAACAAAUAUGCCUAAGCAGUAUCAAAAAAAAAAACAACAUCAGCAGCAAUAAAACAAAGAAAACAUUUCUCAGAUUUAUGAUCUCUCUUGUAUUUUGUUAUAACCAAAAAAAAGGCAACUCGUAAACAAAUUAUUACGUCGAUAGGAGUGUGGUGGUUGUCUGGUGUGUGCCAAAAUGACUGAUGUAGUUUUUCUUUUCUCUUAUUUUUUAUGAAUCGAAUUGAGUUUGGUUCUCGAACUCGAAACAAUGCAAACUUUAUUAACUCCCCAGUAGAUAUUAAGGGACGGAACAACUUUUGUAAUUACACCGAAACGAAACAAAAAAAGUUUAAAUUUAUCAACAUAACACACACAUACAUGCAUACAUACGUGCGUACAAUAACACAUUGUAUUACAUUAUUACCUUGCAAAUAACAUACAAUACAUACAAACAUAUUCUUAUGUUCGAAAGUAAAACCCAUUUAUUCUUCUUCUUUUUCUAGAUUUAAUAGAGUUAUAAUUAGAUUGUAAGAUAAUCUACUUUUAAUCUAGCUAGGAAUAUGUACAAAAACAAAUGUGACGACGCAACAAAACGACAAGGAACCUAGAAAUUAGAAGGAUUGCCAAGAUCGGAGAAGAAUGGCAUUGGCAUGUGUGAUGAUUAUGGCAUCAAUUGUAUUAUAGCGUUUAAAAUUUAUUAAUUAAGAACUAUUAUAAAUAUACAUAGUUAGUUAAGAGCAAAACAAAACAAAAGAUAACGGAAACCCACAUUUUUAAGUACCACACUUUAUUUAGCCAGAAUAUAAGAGACGUUUUUUUAUUUUAUUUUUAUUUCAUAGCAAAUAAGCUUUUAUUAAAUAAUUUCAUUUUUUAAUUUUCCAACGAAUGUUGACAAAACAAAAAAGAAAAAACAACAACACAACACAUAUUAAAAUAAUGUAUCAAGUAAUGUAAAGCAAAGCAGAGCGAAACGGAUCCCCGUAUCAAAUGAAAAUAUGGAAAAUAGUACCGAAACGAAUCGAAACAAAAAUAUGAUGUCAUAUAAUGUAUAAAAUAUAUUUAACGUUAGAUUAAAUUUAAUAUUUAUACCUUAAAAAGAAACACACAUACAAAAACUACAAUAUAGACCGACCGACAUACAUACAUACAAAUGCGGCAAUGCAGGUGGCUGUUGUAAAUAAAUACAUCCAAACCGUAAAUCAGCAGUAGCAGCCGAUUAAGCCGUACGUUCAUACAGUAGCUCAAAGUUAUAACAGAAUGUUGACAAAACAAAACGAAAAAAAGAUAACUGGUUUUAAAUCAUCAUCGUCAUCAUAACCUUAGAAUGUGUAUUGUGAUCAAUAAUAAUUAAUUAAUUAAUUAAAAUUGUUUUGUUUUGCAAAAUUAUAUCAACAACAUUAUUUAAGAAAAUUCUUCCAAUAUUUUAACGGGGAAAUUUUUUAUUUAUAACUGACUUUUUAUUUCAUAGUUCAUAGCAUUUCUUAUACAAAAAUAAAAACUAUUCGAAAAAAUUAAAAAAAUAAUAAUAAA